AUGUCCGCCGUUCGGCGGUUCGGCGACAAGUCGAUGAAACCGCACGAGAAGAUGACGGACGACGAAGGUGACGACGAGCAGGAGGACAGCUUCGGCACGCUGAACCGCCAGUUCGCCGAACGCUGCACCGCGCACGGAUUCAAUCGCAUCGCGUCCACUCACAGGCUGCGCCGCAUGCUGUGGGUCGUCAUCGUGGUCGUGGCCGUGGGCGGAUUCCUUUACCACAUCAGCUUCCUGACUAGCAACUAUUUCUCGUACCCGAUCAUGACGGCCACCGAAGAAGUGCACGCCGAAGAGCUGCACUUUCCGGCCAUAACCGUGUGCAACCUGAACCUGCUUCGCAAAAGCACCUUCGAAGACUACCUCAAGGACAUCGCGGCGAAAGCGGGCUACCCUACCUCUGGCUUCACGACCACGACUUCGCCGGAUGGAGGCGCUUCGAGGACGGCGCACGGAAAGACUCGGGACAUGUUCUCUCCCACGACCAAGGGCUACUCCAAUACAAAUGGAAACAGCGGCGGAAGCGGUGACGAGGAUGAUGGCGAGCUCUGCUACAAGACCGUGGACGAGUUCCUCAAGAGCAGCCGCACCAUGGACCUGAGCGACAUGUGGAUGAACUUCAUCGCCACCAAGGACCAGCUGCAGAAAUUUGGCCACCAGGCUAACGACCUUGUGGUGCAGUGCACGUACAAUGCACGCAACUGCUUCGACGAGAGCCAUUCCAUCCUGCGUGUCGAAUCAUACCCUUCACCUCGAUAUGGACUCUGCCAGACGAUCCGCUUGGCCAACGAAUCGAUGCGGAAAGUUCGGAAGACGGGUCCCACCUUAGGAAUGCGUUUAACACUAAACAUUGAGCGCAGCGAGUACCUGGACAUUAUCUCGCCCGAGUUCGGAACUCGGAUUCUGAUUCACCCGCUUGGCACUCUGCCCAGCCUUGAACGGGGCGGUAUAACACUUACGCCCGGAAGCAAGAGCUACAUCAGCAUCAGAAUGCGCAAGAUCGAGAGGCUGCCUGAACCAUAUCGCGGAUGCAGCAAGAGUUUCAACGACAGCCGGAUCACGCCGUACCUCCGCGAAGUGGGCCUCGACGACCUGCUUCAGCGAUCCAUCUACACGUUCGACUUUUGUCAAACACUCUGCCGCGAAGCGGCGUUGCUUCGAACGUGCGGUUGCCUCGACGAGCUUUCGACCUCGGGACGUGUCGCUUGCGACCUUUGCAACGUCACUCAAGCUCGUUGCCGCACACGUUACCUGCGGUCCUACACGUCGUCCAGCGGUGGCCAGCAGUGCAAGGCGCUUUGCCUUCCCGAAUGCGUGGAAGUGCGGUACGACCUGACCACCUCCCAGUCGGAGUGGCCGAACUUCCGCCAGCAGGCGUGGGCCAUCAAACGGUGGCCGCUUCUAAACAAAAGGAUUCAGGACGCUGGCAUCCGCUGGCAGGAAGUGCUCAACGCCACCGACGACCGCAUCUUCAUGGACGAACUGAUCGCCUUCAGGAACAAUUUCAUGAGGGUGCACAUAUACAUUCAGGAAAUGAACUACCUCUCUGUUCGCGACCUUCCUGCAUACCCCCUACCACAGCUGUUUGCCGACCUGGGCGGCUGCUUGGGCCUCUACAUUGGCGUGUCGGCCAUCACCAUAUUCGAGUUCCUGGAGCACGUCGUUCUGCUCGUGAUCCACCUGUGCGAGAAGUACUGCGGAUGCUGCAAGAAGAAGCGCACAUCGCAGCGUCUCAAGGCCGAAUGGACGUACCCGCCUCCGGGAGAAGAGAAGGCCGGCGAGUACGGGGCGGGAGGCCAGCAACCGCGCAAGCCGUGGUCCUUCCUGAUCCGCAACCGGGAGUACCCCGUGCUGGGCAGGCCUCCGUCGCGCUCGCCCCUCUUUCGCACCGUGUAUUCGAGCUCCAGAGAUUACGCAGCACCGCCUGCCGGAGCUCCCACAAGAAGGCCGCUUUAUCUCGGUUACACUGUUCCGCAGCACGUCGACAACGAUGGCGGCUUUUUCGGCAGGCGUUACCAAACAAACAAGGAUUCUGUGCUGGCCAGGGUACGGAGCCAUCGAAGCGACGAAUCGAGGGAACAUAUCAGACCCCGUAUUCUCUAACAUUCCGUCACUCUUUGAACAUUAGCCAUCAUGUAGGACACCCUCACCUCUAGAAACCAUUUAGAUUAGACGUUAGGGUAGCAGCUUCAAGGCGAUAAACAGGUCAGAACUGUCACAGUAAACGUUUUGGUCAGUGAAGAUCACAUAUAGCCUCGCUUUGUUGCAUUGUAUCGUAGUUUUUCGCUAGCAGUAUUUCUUCCGCGUCCUGCUUUACUAAGAAUAUCAGAGGUCGUGGAAGAUGCAUCAACUGUUCACCUCUGCCUUGCAAUGCAGCAUUUGCUUGGGCAUGCACUCUCGCAAAAUUUUCCGCGCUUUGUGUACUGCUUAUCAGGCGUUCUACAGUUCCCGCCGACUGCAGUUGGCACCUGUUACACGGGAAACGCUGUCCUUGGUUUGCGGCUGUGAAGCAUGGUCACGUGACAUUCAGCUUCGCGAAUAAAAAUAAAAGUUUGGCUGCUGAUCAUGAAUAUACUGGCAAAUAAAAUGUAUUCCCUUUAAAAUGAAUCAUUCCUGUUUGUAUCGGCAGACCUCAAGCGUAUUACAUAAAGUGCGACAGUAUUUGGCACAAGUCAAGACUGGUGUCGCGGCUACGGCGCAGUCAACUUUUUGGGCGGUGCGAAAGCCAAGACAAUCCGUUGCUUGGUACGUUUAAUGCCACCGUCCCCACUAUUCUGGACGUUGUCAAAUUCCGCCAUUGGUCAAAUCUGAUUGGCCCGGAAAGCUGCAACGGCCUCUCCGAUUGGCUUAAAAUGCCGCCAUUACGAAAUUUGCUAAGGUGACAGAAAUCGACAGUGCCCAGAAUAGCAACACGUGAAUUUUCCUUCCUUCAUGUUACCGUGUUUGGUUGCGUGAUUUGUUUUUCCGGACUGUUUCGCGUAUCAGCAUCUUUGUCACUGAGCAGAUCAGUUGACGCUCGUUUGGGAAGACGUUUCGGCUUUCGUUGGAGACACGCUGCAGUGGCGCAACCAGACUUUUUUUUAAUGGGGGGUUGUUCACCCAUACUUUAUGUAUCUUCGUGUGUGCGUUUGUAUUUGUGUUUGCAUAUAUACGCAAGCAAAAUUGCAAAUUUACGGGGGGGGGGAGGGUUGAACACCCCCCCCCCUUGCUACGCCUCUGCCACGCUGCCUUCGUCCGCCAACGUGGCGGACGUUCGUUAGCUUCGUUAACUGAUGUAUUCAACCUGAGCUUGGAGCAAACGCGGUUAGUGGGAUAACUACAGUUAGGCUUUCGGUCUAACUGGAUGUAACUACGGUUUACGGGAACUGAGGUUCGUCGUAACUAACGUUAGCGUGCCCCUUGUAACUACAAGUCAGCCGACUGGAGUAACGUACGCCACGUACAGUCUCAGCGAAAAAUAUUGGCACAAGUGACUGGUUGCCGGAGCGGCAAGAUUGCGGCACGCGGCGCUGUUCUUCCCGAGCACGCCGAUAUCGAGAGUGCCUAGCACAUUCCAUUUUCCAAACGCAGGGAUGGCCGGCAGAAAGCACUCCAACAAACAUCUUUUUCGGGGCAACUGCGAUAUACGGUUGCUCGCAACUCCAGCGA